GUAAAUGCUGUGUGCGUGCGCCUGUGUGUGUGUGUGUCUGUGUGUGUCAGGGAGGAGAAGACAGAGCAGCUCCUGGACUCUAAACACGAGGUGGAGCGUCUCGAUCAGGAGCUGCAGAGACUCAAGCAGGAGAGCGUGCAGCUGCAGGCAGAGGCCCGCUCGGUGCGUGUGUACCGGGACGAGGUGGACGCCCUGAGAGACAAGGCGGCCAGGGUGGACCGCCUGGAGACGGAGCUGGGGCGCUGCAAGGAGAAGCUGCACGACGUCCACUUCUACAAGACCAGGGUGGAGGAGCUGCGUGAGGACAACAUGACCCUGCUGGAGACCAAGGCUCUGCUGGAGGAGCAGCUGAGCGCCGCCAGGGGGCGCUGUGACAAGCUGCACGAGCUGGAGAAGGACAGCCUGCAGCUCCGCUCCAAACUCCACGACAUGGAGAUGGACCGGGACGGGGAUAAGAAGCGUCUGGAGGAGCUGAUAGAGGAGAACAUGCUGCUGGAGAUCUCCCAGAAACAGAGCAUGAACGAGUCUGCUCACCUGGGCUGGGAGCUGGAGCAGCUGGCCAAGAACAACGACAGCAACGACACCCGGAAGUCGUUUGUGUUUGAGAUGAACGAGUGUGCGUCGAGCAGCCUGCUCAAGCUGGAGAAGGAGAACCAGGCCCUGCAGAGCACCAUCCAGGAGCUGAGGCAGGCCUCGCUGGCCCUGGAGGAGACCCAGCUACGCAACCUGGAGCUGGACAGGGACAACCAGGCUCUCAGCAAGAAGCUGGAGCGUCUGCAGACCCUGCUGGAUCAGGAGAAACAGACCAAUCAGGACAUGGAGAGCCUGGGGGAGGAGCUUCUGAAGGACAAGCAGCAGCUGGAGAAGGAGAAGCACAAACUACAGACUGAUAAAGACCGACAGAUCGUGGAGCUGGAGCAGGAGAAGCAGCACCUGAGCCAGGCGGUGAGCUCGCUCCGCCAGCGGGCGCAGGCCGACAGCGAGGCGCGCGUCCGCGAGGUGGAGACUGAGAACCGCGUCCUCCACCAGACCAUCUCCGACACGGGGACCAAGCUGGCCCGCCUGGAGGCCCAGGCCCGGCUGGCCAGCCAGGAGCUGGAGGACCUGAACGAGAGGAGCCAGCGCUGCGAGGAGCUGGAGAGGGAGGCGGGGAGGCUGGAGAGGAGCAGGGAGGCGCUGCAGAGGGAGGUGGCCUCCCUGAGGAUGUCCUGCGAGAGGACGGAGGAGCUGGAGCAGGAGAACCGCCGGCUGAAGAAGCUGGCCGACACGGCCCAGAACGUGAGCCUGCGGCUGGGCAGCCUGGAGGCCGAGCACAGGGUCCUGGAGGAGGAGAACAUGGAGCUCAGGAGGAGCGUGGAGACCCUCCGGCCGGCCUCGGCACGCCUGUGCCAGCUGCAGGUGGAGGGGGAGGAGAUGGAGAAGGAGCGGGAGGAGCUGACGCGGGCGCUGGAGGAGAUGAGGGGUCAGGCCAAGAGGGCGGAGAGGCUGGAGCUCAGCUGUGCCAGUCUGACCCAGGAGACUCAGAGGCUGCAGGAGGCCCUGGAGAACAAAACCAGCCAGAGCCAGAGUCUGGAGAGGGAGACCCGGCAGAGCCAGGCCAAGCUGGAGCAGCUACGCAGGGAGGUGGAGGAACUUCGCCAGGAGGGGAAGAGACUGGAGGGUGUGGAGCAAGAGAAGAGAGUGCUGGAGCAGGAGCUGAGCCAAUCAGAGAAGGACAGGAAGCAGCUUGAGAAGGAGGGACGCCGUCUGAGGCAGCAGCUGGAGGAGAAGGAGGCGGGACUAGAGGAGAGCACCCUGCGAUUGGUCAGUCUGGAGAAGGAGGGCGGGGCCUUGAGCAAGGAGCUUGACAGGCUGAAGGAGGUGUCGGGGCGGGUCAAGGAGCUGGAGAAGGAGAACAAGGAUCUACAGAAACAGGCCACCAUCGACAAGCGGACGCUGGCCACGCUACGAGAGGAGCUGGUGAAGGAGAAGCUGCAGGUGCAGCAGCAGUGUAACAAGCUGGAGACUCUGAGCCAGGAGCUGGAGAAGAUGGGCCUCAACCGAGAGAAACUGCUGCAGCAGGAGCACAGCUGGGAGGACAAUAAGUACAAGUUGUUGGAGAGCAAGAUCGAGUCGACCCUGAAGAAGACUCUGGAGAUCCGGGAGGAGAAGAUCCUGAGGCUGGAGUCACGUCUGGAGGAGUCCAGCAGCCUCAACCAGCAGCUCCGCACUGAGCUCAGCACCGUAAAAAGGACCUUGGAGGCUCUGCGCCAGCGGCAGGAGGAGGAGCAGGCCCACAGCCAGAGCUCCCAGAAUGCCGCGUUGCAGGGUCAGGGGUCAAGGCAGGGGGUGGAGAAAAGGGAGGUGGAACAGAGGGAGGCCACAGCAGAGCUGCUCAAGCUGAAAGACCACCUCAUUGACAUCGAGAAAAACAAUGCAGCGCUGCAGACAGAGAAGCAGCUUCAGAAGGAGCAGCAGAGACAGCUGGCCUCCCAGAACUCUCAGCUCAACAACCAGACGGUGGCGCUGCAGAGACAGACCACCAAUCUGCAGGAGCAGAACACUGUUCUACACACCCAGACAGCCAAGCUGCAGGUGGAGAACUCCACCCUCAGCUCCCAGAGUGCAUCACUCAUGGCCCAGAAUGCCGUGCUGCAGGGUCAGGUGUCGGCCCUGGAGUCGGAGUCGGAGGCGUGGCAGCGUCAGCGCGAGGAGGCGAGGGCGGGGCGCGAGGGCGUUCUGCAGGACCACGAGCGUCUGCUCGGCGUGCACGAGAGGCAGGCGGCCGAGUACGAGCAUCUCAUAUCCCAGCAUGCAGCACUGAAGAGCAGCCAGAGGGCUCUGGAGCAGGAGCACCGCAGCCUGCAGAGCAAGUACAUGGUGAUGCUCCAGCAGAAGGAGGCUCUGGAGGAUCUGGAAGGUUCUCUGGAGAAGGAUAGACACAGUCUGCAGGAGCAGAUCCACACAAACAGCAUCCUCCUGGAGGAGAACUCAGGCCUCAGGGGGGAGCUGAGCAGGGUCAACCAAUCCCAGAGCCAGCUGACUAAGGAGUACGAGGGUCUUCAACUGCACACCAAGGAGCUGAAGACCUCCCUGAACUCGGCCCAGCUGGAGGUCAACCGCUGGCAGGCGCAGUACGACCAGCUGAAGGAGCAGCACCAGGGCCUGGACAUCUCCAUGACCAAGCUGGACAACCACUGUGAGCUGCUGACCCGUCUGAAGGGGAACCUGGAGGAGGAGAACCACCACCUGCUCAGCCAGAUCCAGAUGCUGAGUCAACAGAACCAGACCCUGCUGGAGCGCACCAUGGAGAGCAAGGAGCACUACCACGAGGAGCAGAAGCUCUACAUAGACAAGCUGAACACCCUACGACGACAAAAGGAGAAGCUGGAGGAGAAGAUCAUGGACCAGUACAAGUUCUACGACCCUGCGCCCAAGAAGAAGAGCCAGUGGGUGGGGGCUAAAGCCCUGGCUAAGCUCAUCAAACCCCGCAAGGACAGCAGCUCCAGAGAGAGGGUUCGGUCUGCCGCUGACCUGCCCCUGCCAGACACCCCCACUCUGGACUACCCAGACGGAUUCCCCCCUCUCCCGCCCCCACCCCUGCCCCCUCGCCAGUCCCGCCUCGGAUCGGACCCCCCCGAGGAAAACCACACCCACAACAAUUCUCUCAAUAACUCACAGACCUCCACCCACUCCAUCAGAGGUGACCACGGAGGUUCCAGUUGCAGGAAGCUGUAUCCGACACCAGGGGGCAGUAGUGAGAGUGUCAACGGGGGUGCAGCCGAAGACUUCUCCUCCAGGAGGAGAGGAGGAGAGCUGGGAGCCGUCUCAUACUCCACCCCCUCCAACCAGACCUCCACCCCUGCUCUCACCCCCGGCUCCAGGCCCAGUCGCAGGACCCGAGGUCUGCUACACGACGACGACUCCCGCCUGCUACCCUCCGACACCCUGGGGGGAUCUGGUCUCCAUGGAAACACAGGAUAUAGACCAGGCUCUGCCGAGCUCAGCCACAACACCUCCAGCAGCAACUCUCCUGUAAACUGUCGAGACUCUGUGGAGCGACUGCAGGGUCGCUCUGCCAGCAUGUCUAGUGAUGACAUGGCAGGUCUCAGCCAGGAAGCCUCCCAGCAGUCACUGUCCCGCAGCUCCACCCUCCCCUACGACCCCUCGCCCCAGAGAGGCUCGGCCCGCCCCGGCCUCGCCCCCGGCCUCGCCCCCGGCCUCGCCCCCGGCCGGAAUCGUCCGUCCUCCCCCGGCAGCCAGAUGGUCACCCUGGAGGAGUUCCUGUAUGAGAGCAAUACUCUAUCCCCGCCCACCGUGCAGACAGGCAGCAGAGAAGAUCUGAUGACUGAAUAUUUCACCAGGGGUCCGGGGGGGGAGAGGGACCGAGCCCCCCCUGGCCGGACCCCUCCCCCCCGGGACGGCACUAAAACCCCCACCAGCUACGUCACCCCCACCCUCAAGACGGGGGGCGGGGCUAACAAGCCAGGCCAGAGCGUUAAGCCCAGCAUGCGUCUGCCUGACUCCGCCCCUCCCGCCUCUAACUCUCAGACCCUCCCUCACAGGGCCAGCAACGGGCUUGGGGGGUCAGGGGGGACACCUGUGGGCCGACCUUCCUCCGUACACUCCCCUGUGUCCCGGGGGGGCGGGGCUGGUAGUGGUUUGAGUCGAACCUUCAGCCUGGCGUCAGCUGACCUGCUGCGGUCCAACGGGCCGGACAGCUUCCGUCCUGACGGUGCCCUGGAGGGUGUCGUGAGGAGGCCCGGGGCGGGCUCUGGGGCGAGGGAACGCCCCCUGUCUGCCCGACUGGCAGGCCCCACCACCAAUCAGCAUGGAGACGGAGGGUACUCCCCCCUAGCCCCGCCCCUUCACCACUCAUCCUCCCUGUCCCUGCCGCCGGACCGCCACAGCGCAGCAGGGGGGAGGUCAGGAACCAAUCGAAACAGCCUGUCUCAGGGGCGAUCCGCCCCCCAGCAGCAUCGCGGGGAGGUUGCCAUGGUGACGCCGGUGAGGGCGGUUCCGGCUCUGCGUCUGGAGGAGGCGGAGGCGGAGGGAAGGGUGACGUCCGACUCUUCCCUGUUGAAGAAGACUGAGGGGGGCGGGGUGGGCUGUGGGACAGAGGAGCCACCCAAGACUGCUCCCUCCUCCCCAGACCCCAACGACGACCCCCAGACCGUCUGGUACGAGUACGGUUGCGUCUAGACGUCUGGGGUGAGGACUAGCCUACAGGACAGCUACUGCCACGGUGGACUGUGCAGGACUGGAACACACACACACGCAUGGCUCGGUUCCCUUCUGAUUAAUUAACCCAACCUGUAAUUGACUGGUUCACAGCUGGACAUCUACACCCCAAAGAGACCACUGACCCCCCCCUGCCCCGCCCCUCUCCCCAGUCUGCUGUCACAGCUGUACUCCUCCAGUAACACAGAAAGAGAUGAAAGGCACUAGAGACAUGAAUGUUUGCUCCUUCCUCCCACGCCAGUUCUGCUGAUCACCACCCUCUCUCAGGCUCCCCCCCCACCCCCCCACCAGCCGAGCCAUGUGGUCCCAGUUCUAUUCUGACAGGGGACAGAAGGACACUCAAGACGGAGCUUGUCGACCCCUCCCAGUGUAAUUACACCCUCCUCUCGGUCCUCACGGCGUCCCAGCAUGCAGCUCUCCAGGGCUUUACUGGAAGGGUUUCCUCCCUGGCCGCCAUGGCUGAGUCCUGACCACACUGGCUGGCCCAGAUCCUACUAACACUGGUCAGCCUAACUACGGGGUAGAGGAUGCAGGGAGAGAGAGAGGGAGAGAGGGAGAGGGGGAGAGAGAUUGUAGAAUAAUGAGAAGCAGAGAACCAAGACAGAGAAUAAAACCAUGUAUAUCCCUGCUACUUGUUGCUGUUAAAAUGUUCUGUAAAUAUGAAUUCUGGGUUCAAAUACAUUCCUAAGAGCACUAUAGGAAGAAGAUGAUGAGGAUGACGAUUUACAUGAUGAAGUAGUCAAUGCGUCUGAACACUGGGUUUCUGCGGUCACUGUUGAUGCCGUUACUACACAGUCGUGGUUGUAGAGUUCUUGAUUAUGUUGAAACACUGAAACAAACCUCACGAAAGGCAAUAAGACUUCCAAUGUAUUUAUUUAUGUUCUUCAGACUGAUCUUUUGAAAUGACUGUGUCCACUGUCUUUGUUUGAUUGGUGUGUGUUGGCUUUGUGGUGCAGUUUGUACUGGUGCACAGUCUGGCUACAACACUCAUCCCACUUAUGUCUCCAACUUCCUGUCCAGACUGGAUUCCUAUUUUCUGUCCAAUGAGGAGACUUGUGUCUCAGUCCAAAUGUAUACCACUUUUAAAGACCUACUGAAACAGGUCCAACAUUGGAGAUUUCUAAGAUAUGUUAAUAAGUGAUCAAAUGUAAUAGUCCACUGGUGAAUCCAGGCCUGGCUGCAGGAGAUGUAUGUCUUCUAUUGGGAAAGUGAAACUACCACAAGGACCUGAGAUGCUCUCCCAGAUCCAGCUAGCUCUUUGCAGACCUGGCCCAACCUGCACACAAGGUCCAGACAAACAAGCAAAUCUGUUUCAGGGCUGUCUUGACCAAACAGUACUGGGAUGAAACUGUGUCAUCCCAGCGUGCUUUGUGACUGGAAUUAAUUUAAUGAAAAUGCUUUUGUUUUCAUAGUUUCAUGUGAGAGAAUUUUCCUGACCAAAACUAUUUGACCCUUUUUAAUAAUAAAGUUUUGUAAACUGAA